ACUGGAGCUGAGCAGCAGUGAGCAAUGGUUCACUAGAUGUGGGAUACAGAGUGGGAUCUGCAGCAGAACAAGAUCAGAUGGCAGAGUUACUGAGAAGCUGAGAGACACGUGGAGGAAGAGAGACUCUAAAAUGAGCUGUGAGGAAUUGAUUUUUUGAUUGGAUUGGACCCAGCAGGCCAUGCGAGCCCUACAUUCAUUUAAUUUGGGAGAGCUGUGAUCAAGACGUAGGGCUGUUUGACUUCGCUUCUUCACUAAAGUCGUUUUUUUUUUUUUUAACGUCUGUUUCUGAUCAACGGGAUAUCGGUGGAACUUGUGAGCUCUUGACAGCGUGGAGUGAUUGUAAUGCUCUCCUCAUCUGGUGGAGGACGAGGUGCUUUAAAACCGGGAGGCAGAGACAUGAAGACGCUCUGCAGCCAUUUACUUUCCUGCCUCAGGAGGAUAGAGUGGUUCUACCCGUAACACAAGAAAAGAGGUGAAGGAAGCCACGAGGGGGAGAAACAUGCAGCAGUUAGGCUAGAAAGCUUUGGGAAGAAAAGGGAAAGUUGGACACAUUCGCCAGGAACACGUCCACACCACGAGGAGUCUGCAGCCGACGCUGAGUCCGCGCUCCUCCUGUGAGCCUGGUCAGGUUUGUAUGAGCCGGGCUGAAAUCGUGAAGCCCUGUGGCUGUGCUCCACUGAGGCAUGAGCGUAGGCAGAGCCCACCACCACCACCUCCACCAGCAGCAGCAGCAGCACCACAGCUUCUUGUCCUGUGAAGAGGAAGGCCUGAGACUGAGUACCAUGCCUGCUGUGGGCAGCUUUGGCAAUGGCAAGAUCCACACGAGACGCAAAUACCACAGCCGGUUCGUCGGCAAGAGCGGCCAGUGCAACAUCCACUUCUCCAACAUGGACGAGAAGUCGCAGCGGUACAUAUCGGACAUUUUCACCACCUGCGUGGACAUCCGCUGGCGAUACAUGUUCCUGCUCUUCAGCCUGGUGUUCGUGGUGUCCUGGCUGAUGUUCGGCUUGGCGUUCUGGGUCAUCGGCCUCCUACACGGUGACAUGGACCAUCCGGCAGGGGACGUCGCUUUUGUGCCGUGCGUCAUGCAGGUCAACACCUUUCUGGCGGCGUUCCUGUUCUCCAUCGAGACCCAGACGACCAUUGGUUACGGGGCUCGCUACGUGACGGAGGAAUGCCCCAUGGCCGUGUUCAUGGUGGUGUUUCAGUCGAUCAUCGGCUGCAUCAUCGACGCCUUCAUGAUCGGCGCCAUCAUGGCCAAGAUGGCGAGGCCCAAGAAGCGGGCGGAGACGCUGCUGUUCAGCCACAACGCGGUGAUCGCCCUGCGCGACGGGAAGCUGUGCCUCAUGUUCAGAGUCGCCAACCUGAGGAAGAGCCACAUCGUGGAGGCUCACGUGCGAGCCCAGCUGGUGAAGCCCCGCUACACGGAGGAAGGCGAGUACAUCCCCCUGGAUCAGAUCGACAUGAACGUGGGAUACGACAAAGGCACGGACCGCCUGUUCCUGGUCGCGCCGCUCACCGUCAUACACGAGAUCGACGAGGAGAGCCCGCUGUUCGGCAUCAGCAAGCAAGAUCUGGAGGCGUCGGACUUCGAGAUAGUGAUCAUCCUGGAGGGCCUGGUGGAGGCCACGGCCAUGACGACUCAGGCGAGGAGCUCGUACCUGCCCUCCGAGAUCCUGUGGGGUCACCGCUUCGAGCCGGUCAUCUUCGAGGAGAAGAGCCAGUACAGGAUAGACUACGCCUACUUCCACAAAACCUUCGAAGUGCCGUCCACCCCGAGAUGCAGCGCCAAGGACAUGGAGGAGAGGAAAUUUCCGACAUCCGGCGCCAACUCCUUCUGCUACGAGAACGAGCUGGCCUUCAUCAGCAGGGAUGAGGAGGACGAGGGAGACGUGGAGAAGGAGCAAGACAGGAAGUGUCUAUCGGAGUCGCCGAAUGCCGGACACAAUGAAGCAUCAUCCCGCCGGGAGUCAGAGAUGUAACCUCUGCUUGUUUGGUUGUUUUCGGAUGCGGAGCAGCGUGACGCGGAGGUCCUGUGACUGUCGACCGACAUGAGGAACGCCACCGAAGACAUGGACCAGCGCUACAGAUCUCCAUCACACCAGGAUAAAAACUUUCACUGGAUGAACCUUUUAUUGUUUGGUUUUCCCCCCAGAUGGUUUUUGAGCUUUACCACAUGCAAACGUGAUCCAGUUACACAUGGCAGUAAUAAAAUGCAUGAUGAUAACUUAGUUUUGUAUAAAUACUUUGAGAAAUAGUCAAAUAGUUUUGCUCCUCGGAUAGUAGAAGACGUCUCCGGGCUCAUCAGAGUGACUCUAAAUACGUAUGAAAUAUUCUACAUGUUACACAGCGCUGCACAUACAUGCAGCUAAUUUACAGACAUCUUCAGGAGACUCAAGACAAGUUAUUUUGCAUUAAAACAAAUGGACUUGACGGAGCCUGAAAGCUUUGAACCAACAGGAGAAACUAUUCAUCGUCAUUUCACGUCAGUGGGAGACGUUUGACACUUUGAGAAAACGUUUAAUUUGCUUAUUUCUGUUGGACAUUAUGGCUGCACCAGUUUAAAGCAAAGAAGGGGUCUUAAAUAUGCAAAUGACUGUAAUGACCAACAGGCAGAGGCUGUAUGUUUGUCUGUAUUCUAACCACCGAUAUAUUCCACAAAUGUUUCGCUUAGCUCACAAGAAACAGGCAAGACAAAGGGUUUCAGUUUCGGAUCCAAGAAUAAGAUCAGGAUUAUUAUUAUUAUUGUUGAGGUUUAUACUUUCUGGAGGACAAACCAACGUAAAUCCAGUGAACUGAAGCUCAGAGCUCCUCACACUAAACCGUAGAGAGCUGCAGCUCGUCAUCAACGAAGGGAGGCAGCUGCUCGGGGCCCCAGAUCAGUGUGAGGCCCCCGAGGGCCGACUAACUUUAAAAUACAGUGCUUUCAUUUUCGAUGACACUAGGAGACGUCUCUAACAAGCGCCCACCAGGACAAACUUAAAACCACAGCAUUGGCAGUUUGCUGAGUCUUAAACUUUCAACUAUAGCAGUGCCAAUGUCCUAAUUGUUUUAUUUUUAUUUAUUUUUAAAAAAAACGGGACAAAACAUAUCGAUGAACAUUUACAAUGGAAAUAUGUAUAGGGAUCGUAGCCAGGUGACUAAUUUGCAUCCUUUGUCCCACUGGCAGGUAGUUGUCCAAUAGGAGACCUUAAAGGUCCCCCCACCUGGACUAACUUUAAACUACAACAGCAGAAGUUUGCAAUGAGAUUAGGACCCUAACAGACCCUUAACGGACCCCCACCUGGACACACAACAAACUUUAAACCACAGCAGUGUGAAGGUCUGAGGCGAAGGUGCAACCGAGCCCGUGUCCUAAAACGAAACAACAAACCAAACGCAUAAUUCCCAGAGCUCAUGUUUAACCGCCUCUGUAGCUGUACGCAUGUGUAGCUGAAGACACGACACACAAACUUGUAGGAGAAGUCUAAUUAAAGUCCAUCUGAACCGAACGACCCACGGGACUCAGAGUAAUUCUGUGUCACAUCUGUUCCCUGCGUGGAAUCAAACCCCUAAAAAUAUAUAUACAUCGACCGAGAGGAAAGCCCGGCUCUGAGGGUGAACUGUGCGGCUUCAGGGAAAGUUGAUAUUAACCCUAUUUACUGAACAUUUCGAAAUGUUUAAAAGGAUAAAACACCUUUUUUUAAAAAGAGAUUUCCCUGAACGUCUCGUUUCACUCUCAUCUGUAUCGCACGGUUACAAACGAUGAACUAUGUUUAGUAAAAUUAUAAAUCUCCAGAUAAAUUGAGUCUCACGUAUUGAAUCUGUUGAUUUCAUGUAACAGUUUGUUUAUUUUUUUAUUAUUUUUUUUUUUCUGUUUUUUGCUCCGACGUAAAGAUAUGAGGUCAGACUCCUGCUCUUAUCCCAGGUGAGAUGAAAUAGUUUUCCCUCCACAUUUGUCACACCAAGAGCUCCAUGUGGAAUAAACUUCUACACCUGACUGCCACUUCAGCAAGAAUUCAACACAUUUGUAUUAAUAUAUAUAUAUAUAUAUAUACAUAUAUAUAUCGCUGACUUGUGCUGAAAAUAUCAGCUCGCUCUAGAAAACAAAUGGAGGUUCCGCUGCCAUGAGCACAAAGAUCAGGGUCAAAAGUUUCCUGCACGAGGGAGGGGGACGUAAAUGUGUACAUUUGUCUGGCCGACACUGUAAAUAAAUAGCUGUUUGCUUUCUUUUAUUGUUUGACUGGAUGCUACAGAUGCUUUCUUUGCUGGAAGGAUUUGCAAUAGACUUCCCACUAAAUUCAUUUGAAGCUAUUGGAUUUGUUUUCUCCUGGCAGUGCACCGACAAAUGAGGAGGAAAAACACAAUAAAACACGUCUGGCAAAGUCAA